UCCAGGAUGCUGGGCGACAUUGCAACAGCUCUCUACGCCCAGCCGCUCAGGGGGCUCCGAGGCAAACAGCAAGUUCGGGGAUCGGGGCCCGGAGCCGAGUGAGGCCGAAGCCCCGCGCAGCGCGCGAGCGAAAAUCUUGGAAAAUGUAUACAAGUCAUGAAGAUAUUGGGUAUGAUUUUGAAGAUGACCCCAAAGAUAAGAAGACACUUAAGCCCCACCCAAACAUUGACAGUGGAUGGGCUUGGAUGGUGGUUCUUUCCUCCUUCUUUGUGCACAUCCUCAUCAUGGGCUCCCAGAUGGCCCUGGGAGUCCUCAACGUGGAAUGGCUUGAGGAAUUCCAUCAGAGCCGCGGCCUGACUGCAUGGGUCAGCUCCCUCAGCAUGGGCAUCACCUUGAUUGUGGGACCUUUCAUCGGCUUGUUUAUUAACACCUGUGGGUGUCGCCGAACCGCAAUAAUCGGAGGGCUGGUGAACUCGCUCGGCUGGGUACUGAGCGCCUAUGCCGCAAACGUGCAUUAUCUCUUUAUUACCUUUGGAGUGACAGCUGGCUUUGGAAGCGGCAUGGCCUACCUGCCGGCCGUGGUCAUGGUGGGGAGGUACUUCCAGAAGAGACGCGCCCUUGCCCAGGGCCUCAGCACCACUGGGACGGGGUUCGGCACCUUCCUCAUGACCGUGUUGCUCAAGUACCUGUGCGCGGAGUACGGAUGGCGGAAUGCGAUGUUCAUCCAAGGCGCCGUGUCCUUAAACCUGUGUGUCUGCGGGGCGCUCAUGAGGCCCCUCUCUCCUGGGAAGGACCGGAACGACGCGGGAGAGAAAGAUCCGCAGGUCGUGCUGGGUCCCUCCCCUGGCUCGAAGUCAAGUGGGCCGCCGGGCGGAGCAGAAGAGAAGGGUGCGGGGCCCGGGAACGAGGAGGAGCCGGUGGGUGACCUCCCCGCCCAGGCGGGCCCGGAGAAGGCCGAGCACACACAGAACCUGUGCGCCCUCCGGGUUCUGAAGACCGCCAGCCAGCUGACCGUGAGAGUCAGGAGGGGCUUCCGGGACUGGUACUCGGGCUACUUUGGCACAGCCUCGCUCUUUACCAAUCGAAUGUUUGUCGCCUUUAUUUUCUGGGCUCUGUUUGCAUACAGCAGCUUUGUCAUCCCUUUCAUCCACCUCCCGGAAAUCGUCAAUUUGUAUAAUUUAUCGGAGCAAAACGAUGUUUUCCCUCUGACUUCGAUUAUAGCAAUAGUGCAUAUCUUUGCAAAAGUGAUCCUGGGCAUUGUGGCCGACUUACCUUGCAUCAGCGUUUGGAAUGUCUUCCUGAUGGCCAACUUCACCCUUGUCCUCAGUAUUUUUAUUCUCCCACUGAUGCACACCUAUGCUGGCCUGGCGGUCAUCUGCGCACUGAUAGGCUUUUCUAGCGGUUAUUUCUCCCUCAUGCCCGUAGUGACCGAAGACUUGGUGGGGAUUGAGCACCUGGCCAACGCCUACGGGAUCAUCAUCUGUGCCAAUGGCAUCUCCGCGCUGCUGGGACCACCUUUUGCAGGCUGGAUCUAUGACAUCACAGAAAAAUACGAUUUUUCCUUCUAUAUAUGUGGCUUACUUUACAUGGUAGGGAUACUCUUUUUACUCAUUCAGCCGUGUAUUCAAAUGAUAGAACAAUCCAGAAAAAAAUACAUGGACGGUGCACACGUUUAGCGUCAUGUUCUGUUUCCUGUAAGAUUUCUGUGGGGUACCCAUGCCUACCUCACAUGGUUGCUGUGAGGAGCCUGUGACAUUGUGGGGAAGCGCUUUGUAUGGUAACCUGUACUGUCAUUUGUAAAUGCCGUGGUCAUGACUGCAUUUGAAAGCAGCACUGUCUUUCCGUUUGGGGAGAAGCAAUGCCGGAAGGAAUGAAAGACUCCAUACAUUUCAGAGAUGACAAUGUCCUUCAGAGACGGCCUGUUAAAUAAUUGGUAGAAAUGCCCUUAUGAAAACCACUCUCUCUCGUCAUCCACUGGGACUAAGGUUUUAGAUACAGCUUUUGAAACAAAGACGAGGAAUAAAAUCUUUUAAACUCAUCUACUCUUUGUAUGGUGAAAAUAAUUUAUCUAAAUGCUUCUGGAAAGCUUAUAGAUAAAUGGGUUUCAAGCACAAAAAUCUCAUUAGCCUUCGGAACUUGUUACAGGGGGCUGUUGAUCUACUAGUGGAAAAAGUAAAUGCAGACUCUGAUUUCAAAGGUAAUACGUUUAGUACAAUGAAAGAAACACAGUUUAUAUUUUUAUGGAAGAAUUCUGCAGCUGGGCGGUACAGUUUUUCAAUCUCCCUCUAAGAAAAGCAUCUGUCAUCAAUCCUAAUUUAGUAUUAUUUAGUUAUAAACUGAAUCUUAAUUCAAAACCUAGAUAAAUAAUAUUGAUUUCCUUAGCAAAAAGUCGUAUUUGUCACAAAACAUUGAAUCAAGGGCUAUGAUUUAAGCCCUUUUAUUCAUAUCAUUAGCCUCUUCAUUUAUGAGCAUGAUCUGGGGUUUAUAAAAUUUUUUUCUGAGUUUCUCCUGCCCAAUAAAUAAAACAGAGAAGGAACUGCUGGUUGGUGUGCAAAGUUGGCAGUUAAAUCAUCUGUCAAGUGUGUUACUGAUCCAAAACGUGAGACUAUCAAGUUGCAAGCAUAAGGAACGGAAUGCCCUCAGUCUAGACGUCUGGGCACCUGAUGUUGGAGUACGUGGUAACUGGUAGCCCUUCUCCAGGGCCUCUUGUUAUAUAGACCACUCGUUUGCCGGAGCUUGACACAGUUUUAAAAAUUGGUCUCCUGAUUGAUUUCAUCCACAAGAUAACUGUAAUCCAUGACAUCAAAUGAUGCUCCUCCUUUAUCUGAGAUCUCUAUUUUUCUAAGCCAAACAGUUUUCAGCCUGCAGAAUGUUCCUCCCCAGAGUCGUUUGGAAAUUCCUGGUUGCCUCACUUGUUUACACAUAUUUUAGAACUAUUUCAAUUUCCACUCACAAUUUGUUCAUCACACGCACACAAAUCCUUUCAUAUCAUUGCCAACGUCUUGGGUCAAAUUUAUCUAAAGUGAGCACAGACCAUUCUUAAUUAUCCUUGGUAAUUAGAGGCAGGAAUAGUCCUAAUGAUCGGAAUCACAGAGUGUUACCCCAAGCGUUGUUUUAGCCAACAGUUUCAGUCUUCUCCUCCACCAAAUGCUUCGGAGCUGUUAACAAGGGGUUACAAGGACAAGCCUCCAUUUUCUUCCAUCUCCAUUAUUUCCUGCUCUAAUGCCUAGUGGGAGGGGUUAGAUAAUCAAAGGGGCCACCAAAAUCACAAUAAUAAUAAAAGGCAGCUAAUGGAAAGGAAAAACAAAAGCCUGGUUAGUAUACACACUCUAAUAUUACCUCUAAUGACUCGAGAAUCGCCUAUAGAUUGUUAUAGAUAAUAAAUUUCAUGUCAGCCUCCUUUUGGUUCAACACAACAACCUGUUUGUUAUCAUUACAGCUUUGGCGGCUGUUUAAUAAUCCAGAUGUCUAUUUUGAUAAAGGUACUCUUAAAUCCUGCGGCAGUGCUCUCUCUCUCUCUCUCUCUCUCUCUCUGUUUACUGUAAAGUCAGAGACUUAGACCAAGGAAACAUGUGUGUUUUGAAACUGACUACAUGACUUCCAUGACUCAUUUUCAGACAACAUCAAAUUAAGUAUUUUUUGAACGGUGCUAUAGAGCCAAUGCGUUUUGAUGCUCACGCUGUUGGCUGUGCAUCAUCAAUGGGAACUUUUUCCCCUUAUACCCAAGGUAGAUCUGCGGUUUAUACAGGUGUUCGUUGACUCUCUGUGUUGACGGAAUGGUGAUUUCUACCCAAUCAGAAGUUCCUAUUUUACAAAAACAAACAAACAAACAAACAAAAAAAACAGUAAAACCUGCUUGCAAUAUUUAUGUGGACAAUAGAAUAAAAGAGAAUGCUAUGAGGAAUUACAGCAAAUAUAUGAAUCCUUUCUGUUUAAACGAUGUUAUUCUUUACAGUUCUUUGGCAGUCUUGUAAAGGGUUAAUUGUAUAUUUAUACCAUGUGCUUUAUAGUGUUCCCCUCGCAUAUCUAAGUCAUUUUUAUUUAUAGAUGAUGAAAUA